AUGCUUAAUAUUUCAUUAGCUUGGGAUAGCACGACCAAAAAAAAACAACACUGGGAAUUUUCCCAAACUCGUCGAACGUAUGCCUUAGUUUUUCAUUCACCGGUUAAAAAUUAUUUGAAUAUGACUGAACAAGUAAUGAUUGAUACUCCAGCCCAGCCAACUGGUCCUGACAAUGCAGAAAGCUUAAGUUCAUCGACGUCGGAGGUAAAAUCUAAAGAAGUAACUGCAAAUCCAGACUUUAUCACUUGGAGAUUUCCUCCCUAUUGCGAGCUUUGCAAUGUGACUUUUACUUCCGAAGCCAAUUCUAAAAUUCAUUUCGAAAAUAAUGGUCAUAAGAACAAACUUCACACGUGGGAAAAAUACCAAGAACCUAAAGCAUCAUCGGAUGAGAAAAACUCCAAGACUGUUCUUUGUGAUGUUUGCUGGAAAGAAAUGAAUACACAAGCAGUUCUAGAUAUACACUUGAAAAGUCCAGCUCAUUUGAAACUAGCGCAAACACGUUUAGUUAUACAAAAAUUAAAAGAAGACUAUAGACAAAUAAAGGAAUCACAAGAAAAUGAGUGA